GUUAGCCGUUUCUGCAGAAGGAGAGAGAGAGAGAGAGGAGAUGAGCUCGCAGCUAUUGUCCGUCUCCUCUGUUCCUCCAAUCGCCAUUGCCAGAACUCACAAUCAAACCCUAUCAACAAAACCAAGCUCCUUCUCCAUCCCCUCGUCGUCCUCUCCGGUCCACACUGUUUCAGAAAGAAUCCACAUUCCCUCCCAUGUCUACAGGCACCCAUCCGCCGUUCUCCUUGAGCUAUGCAAUUCCAUGAAAGAACUUCACCAAAUACUCCCUCUGAUCAUCAAAAACGGCCUUUACAACGAGCACCUAUUUCAAACCAAGCUCGUCAGCUUAUUCUGCAACUAUGGCAGCAUCCACGAGGCCGCUCGCGUUUUCGAGCCGAUCGAGGGCAAGCUCGACGCUCUCUACCACACGAUGCUCAAAGGGUACGCCAAGAAUUCGUCGCUGGAGACUGCUAUUGAGUUUCUCUGUCGAAUGAGGUACGAUGAUGUUAAGCCUGUUGUGUAUAAUUUCACUUAUUUGUUGAAGGUUUGUGGCGAUUGCGCGGAUUUAAAGAGGGGCAAGGAGAUUCAUGGGCAGCUGAUUGCAAAUUCUUUUGGGGCGAAUUUGUUCGCGAUGACUGGCGUUGUUAAUAUGUAUGCGAAAUGUAGGCAGAUUGAGGAUGCGUAUAAGAUGUUCGACAGAAUGCCUGAGAGAGAUUUGGUGUCUUGGAAUACAAUUAUUGCUGGGUAUUCCCAAAAUGGGUUUGCUAGAAGGGCAUUGGAGUUGGUUUUGAGGAUGCAAGAUGAAGGCCGGAGGCCUGAUUCGAUUACAUUGGUUACUGUUUUGCCUGCUGCUGCUGAUCUUGGGUCGUUAAUGGUGGGGAAGUCGAUUCAUGGGUACGCCAUUAGAGCUGGGUUUGCAAAGCUUGUGAAUAUUUCAACUGCUCUGGUUGAUAUGUACUCAAAAUGUGCGUCUGUGGACACAGCUAGGUUGAUUUUUGAUGCAAUGGAUCAGAAGACUGUUGUGUCAUGGAAUUCUAUGAUGGAUGGGUAUGUACAGAGUGGUGAGCCAGAGAUGGCUAUGGCAAUUUUUGAGAAGAUGUUGGAGGAAGGGAUAGAGCCAACCAAUGUAAGUGUUAUGCAAGCAUUGCAUGCCUGUGCUGAUUUGGGUGAUCUUGAGAGCGGGAAGUCUGUUCAUAAUUUAGUGGAUCAGUUGAAACUUGGUUCUGAUAUAUCUGUUAUGAACUCAUUGAUUUCUAUGUACUCCAAGUGUAAGAGAGUUGAUGUUGCUUCUGAAAUUUUCAAGAACUUGCAUGGAAAAACUCAUGUUUCUUGGAAUGCAAUGAUAUUGGGUUAUGCUCAGAAUGGAAGAGUGAGUGAGGCUUUGAAUUGUUUUUGUGAGAUGCAAUCUCUAGGUAUGAAACCUGAUUCAUUUACUAUGGUGAGUGUGAUACCUGCUCUUGCUGAAUUAUCGGUUACUCGCCAGGCCAAGUGGAUUCAUGGACUAGUUAUUAGAACUUGUUUUGACAAAAAUAUAUUCGUGAUGACCGCUCUUGUCGAUAUGUAUGCAAAAUGUGGAGCAGUUCAUAUGGCGAGGAAGCUUUUUAACAUGAUUGAUGAUCGGCAUGUCAUAACAUGGAAUGUGAUGAUAUAUGGGUAUGGGACGCAUGGACUCGGCAGAGCUGCUACAGAUCUUUUCGACGAAAUGCAGAAGGGAACAGUUGAGCCAAAUGAUAUAACAUUUUUGUGUGUUAUCUCUGCUUGCAGUCACUCAGGUCUGGUAGAUGAAGGACUCCACUAUUUCAAGAGCAUGGAACAGGAUUAUGGAUUAGAGCCUUCAAUGGAUCAUUAUGGCGCCAUGGUCGAUCUUCUCGGUCGAGCUGGCAGAAUCAACGAAGCUUGGGAUUUUAUCGAAAACAUGCCCGUUAGUCCGGGGAUUACAGUCUAUGGUGCCAUGUUGGGUGCGUGUAAAAUUCACAAAAAUGUCGAAUUGGGAGAGAAAGCAGCCAACAGACUCUUUGAGUUGAAACCUGAUGAAGGUGGCUACCAUGUUCUACUUGCAAACAUUUAUGCUUCAGCUUCAAAGUGGAGCAAGGUAGCUGAAGUAAGAAAAACAAUGGAGAAGAAAGGGCUUCAGAAAACUCCUGGUUGCAGCUUAGUGGAACUGAGAAAUGAGGUCCAUUCCUUCUAUUCAGGCAGCACAAGCCAUCCACAAUCCAAGAGAAUAUAUGCAUUUCUUGAGGAACUUGGGGAUGAAAUCAGGGCAGCUGGUUAUGUGCCCGACACUAACUUGAUUCAUGACGUAGAAGACGACGUCCAGGAGCAACUUCUCAACAGCCAUAGCGAGAAGCUCGCCAUUGCUUUUGGUCUUUUGAAUACCAGGCACGGUACUACGAUACACAUUCGAAAGAACCUACGAGUAUGUGGAGAUUGCCACAAUGCAACCAAGUAUAUUUCACUUGUGACUGGAAGGGAGAUUAUAGUGAGGGAUAUGCAUAGAUUUCAUCAUUUCAAAAAUGGAACCUGUUCUUGUGGAGACUAUUGGUGAACUCUAGGCAUACAAAUUUUCAUCCCUGUUGUAAACCUGUAACACCCAUUAUUGAUAAUAUAUAGCAGAAGAUAGGCUGUAUUUAUACCAACAAAACGCUUGAGAACGAUUCUUCGGUUCAAUAUAAGGUACUAACAAUUUUCUUA